GUCGCGAACGCCAACUCACAUCCACUUUACGCGGUUCUGACACCCCCCGAGCCCCCGAGCCCCUCCCUCCCGGACGGAGCUCACCAGAUCACACCUCGAGCAUCAGUUUCCAGCUUUUUUUUUUUUUCCUUGGUCUCCCACUCGAAAAUCUGCUCACACUCACCAAACGGCGUUAAACCUUUUUCCCUACCUUAUCUCUUUUCCCACACCGAAAAAAGAUCAUCCCAUUCCCUCCACACACACCCCGGGGCCCUUACUCCCUCUUCCAGAAGAACAAAUUCCGAAACAUGGUCAUCGGCCUGCUGGCCAUCGCCGCCAUCCCCACAGUCAUUGGCACGGGGCAGGCCGUCAGCGCGCAGAAGAAGCAGAAUGCCGCCUCCAAGGAGCAGGCCAAGUUCAGCCUCACGACGGUGCUCGAAGUCGACGGCCGGGAGGAGGAGUGUCCCGUCGUCCUUGUCGAUAACAAGCUUUGGAUAAACCACAGCCUCGCACCGGCACCCGGGCACAAGUUCUCGGGAUACUACUUCACCUACCCCAGCGAGGAGCAGUACCGCGGCCUCGUCUCGACGAUAUCCGACGACCCGCCCAUGCUCAACUGGAUCUGGGUCGACGCCGACACCAGGGCGGCGCGCCACAGUGGCCGCAAGGACACCAUCGGCCACGUCAUCGGCCCCUGGGGCUGGACCGACGACGAGAAGUUCCUGACGCUGCGCGGCAGCGGCCUCGGCUUCGUCGCCGUCCUCGAGGACGACGGCCGCUGGGCCGUCUACUGGGACCCGGACGGCAGGCUGCGCGAGGGCUACGAGGAGGGGGACUGCGUCGUGAUCAACCUCAAGCGGCAGAUGGCGCUGGGAAUCGAGAGCGGCUACGUUAGAGGUUAGGCUCGGGAGGCCGGGGAUGGGGGGAGGGAUGUCAACCGAGGCCGAAGAGGAUCAGGGGGGAAGGGGGGUGGAGAGAAGGGUGUAUGCCGUGCUCUUUUCUUUCUUCUACUUCUUCUUUUGCCAUGGAAUAAUCUGGGGGAGUCGAGGAGUCUAGGAGCUUUUGGGAGGAACGUGCGAGUAUAGGAUUGUGUGUGUGUGAGAGAGAGAGAGAGAGAGAGAGAGCAACACCGCUAUCAUGUUGUGUAAAAUCCCUGAGGCGGUUUUUUUUUCCUUCUCUUUUUCCCUCCUUUCGUUCUGGAAAAGCUUGCUUGCUUGCUUUGCAUGAGGAUUCGAAUCGACGAGUUGGCCAUCCC